UGAAAGAACAACUGACAGACAAACCAUGGUCAUUCAGACAGAGUUUUAAAGUUCCUGUUGCUUCAGACAAUGGAUGAGCAAUCACAAGGAAUGCAAGGGCCACCUGUUCCUCAGUUCCAACCACAGAAGGCCUUACGACCAGAUAUGGGCUAUAAUACAUUAGCCAACUUUCGAAUAGAAAAGAAAAUUGGUCGUGGACAAUUUAGUGAAGUCUAUAGAGCAGCCUGUCUCUUGGAUGGAGUACCAGUAGCUUUAAAAAAAGUGCAGAUAUUUGAUUUAAUGGAUGCCAAAGCACGUGCUGAUUGCAUCAAAGAAAUAGAUCUCCUUAAGUUCACGUUGGUCAACUUCAGUAUCCGAACACCCCAAAACCAACUUGGAAAUAGGCCAAGAGACUUGUCUUCGGUAAAGGGUUGGUUUCCUGGAAGGUUGCUGCAGGUUGUAGAUCAAAAUUCUGUUUUUGUAUGUCAUCUGGACAUUGUCACUUUAUAUGUUCAGUCUCUCAGUGGAUACUGGAGUACAGCUUGUAAUCUCUGCUACAUGGCGCAUUUUAAGAAACAAAAGAGGCUAAUUCCUGAAAGAACUGUUUGGAAGUACUUUGUUCAGCUCUGCAGUGCAUUGGAACACAUGCAUUCUCGAAGAGUCAUGCAUAGAGACAUAAAACCAGCGAAUGUGUUCAUUACAGCGACUGGUGUGGUAAAACUUGGAGAUCUUGGGCUUGGCCGGUUUUUCAGCUCCAAAACCACAGCUGCACAUUCUUUAGUGGGUACACCUUAUUACAUGUCUCCCGAGAGAAUACAUGAAAAUGGAUAUAACUUCAAAUCUGACAUCUGGUCUCUUGGCUGUCUACUAUAUGAGAUGGCUGCAUUACAGAGUCCUUUCUAUGGUGACAAAAUGAAUUUAUACUCGCUGUGUAAGAAGAUAGAACAGUGUGACUACCCACCUCUUCCUUCAGAUCACUAUUCAGAGGAACUGCGGCAGUUAGUUAAUAUGUGCAUCAAUCCUGAUCCUGAGAAGCGACCAGACAUCACCUAUGUCUAUGACGUAGCAAAGAGGAUGCACGCGUGUACCGCAAGCAGCUAAAUGUGCAAGAUCAUGAAGAAUGUAACCAAAAUAAUUUAAAGUAUUUUUGUGCAAAUCAUACCUCCCCAUAUUUGUCUGGGUGUUAAAAUUAAUACUUCAGAGCUAAUGUGCUUUGAAUCCUUAACCAGUUUUCAUAUAAACUUCAUUUUGUACCAAUCUAAAUCACCUUCUUGCAACCCCCCCAAAUGACUUUGGAACAAUCCAGUUACAUGUAGGGAGAGUAAAUGAAACAUGGUUUUUAAUGGCUAAACGUUUUUAGAAUUAUUUGGGGUUUUGUGCUGAUAAAUUGUGUUCAGACAGAUUGUCAGUGCCAAAUACUGAAGGUGCAACUUGGCACAUAUCAGGAUAGACUUGAAACCUGAGGAAAAGUAUCUGAACAUGUGACUUUGUUUGCUUUUUAGUCAUUUAUGGACAUUGAGAUGAACACAAUUGUGAACUUUUGUGAUUAUUUUAGUUUUUAAAGUUUGAAGUAUGUGUUUUAGUUCUUAGCAUGGUAGCUUUCAUAUAAGUCUUAUGAUAAAUGUAGACAUAAACUAAGAAACAUUUGAAAUUUUUAGCUUAUUCAUUCAAACUGCAACUAUUAAAUGUGAAAAGAUUGGGGACAAAAUGUGAGUCAGACACUGAAGAGUUUUUUGUUUUGUUUCAAUAUCUUUGAUAUUCUCUGUGCAUUAAAAAGGUAUAAAUGAAUCUGUUUAAAAAGUGGUUAAGGAUUUGUUUGGCUGGUGUGAUAGUAAUGUUUAAAGUUUCACAUUACACAAAGCUUUUUGUGUGUGUGUUUUUAUUAUUGUUUGUACAUUUGAAAAAUAUUCGUUGAAUAAUUGUGCAGUACUAUAUUUCAAUUUCUUUUUAAAUUUAAAUGCAUUUUAGCUCAUAAUUGUACACUAUAAAGGAAGCAUACGUUUUUAUUCAUAGAUUUAUUGAAGUUCAUAUGGGUCCCCUUCAGAAAUUUUUCUUUUUAGAUUCAAGUUACUUUCUUAUUUAUAUUGUAUGUGCAUUUUAUCCAUUCUUGUUUCAGACUUUCUGAGAGUGUAAUACCCUUUUAAAAGAUAUUUGGUAUACCAACACUUUUCCUGGAUUGAAAACAUUUUUUUAAACUUUUAAAAAUUUGGCCCACACUGUAUGCAUGUCUUGUUAGAAAGGAAGAAAGGAUGUGUGUUGUCUUGUACCUGUGAAUGUUGAUACGGUUUCAAUUCAUUUGACAAGGUUGUAUUUUUAGAAUACAUUUAAAGAAAUGAAAAGUGGCCAUUACUACAGCCAGAAUUAUUACGAGAUUAACAUUUCUGUUGAGAAGCUUUUGAGCAAAGUACUGUAUUUGUGCACGAAAAUGACAGAGAUGGUAAUGCUUCAUUUAGUUUAAGGUGACAGCAGGCGUGAGUGUAGUAAAUUCUGUUGUGCAGAUGUGUUCUCUCUGAAUGCCUUCCUGUUGAUGGUGACUAGUUCCUCAGAGCAUUGUGAAGCCAAAGGCCCAGUGGCCGUCACUGUUAGAGGAUGCCGUGCCACCAUAAACCUCGGGAUGGAUUAUCCUGCCAACGUAAAAACCUCAUAUUCAGAGAACACCUACCUUUAGGCUAUAUAACUGCUGGGUUUUUUUAUAUGAGUAUUUUUCUUACACUCAUUUGAAUACUUUCAAGUCAUUUGUAAACUUAAAUGUACAAAGGGAAAAAAGUAUAAACUUUUUUUUUUUUUUUCCAAAAUUUAAUUGGUUAUGUUUGGUAUCUGAAGGGUAAUUUUGUCUUGGAAUAGGGAAAGAAAACCUGGUUGGUCCUUUUUUAUGAGGGCUGGAUAUAUUGUUUUUCUCAUAUUCCAGUGACUGAUAACAUUAACACUGAUCAUCCGUAGAUUUGUCCCUGGAAGUGUAAGUAGAAUUGUUUUUGUUGACCAUUAGAGUCAUGUUCAUUUUAGUGUGAUAUAUUUGAGAUGAAAUGUUCUUUGGUUGGAACAAACACUUUUUUUUUUGGCAGUCUUUAAGAAUACAUGGUUCUAAAAUUCAUUAGCUUAACCCCUCACACUGACUUCUAAGUAAAUAUUUAAGCUUUUUUCAGUGAAUCUAUCUGCUAGAAGGCAAUAGCUGGGAAGAAUUUUAAUGAUCAGGGAAAUCCAUUAUAUUCUGCACGUGGAAACUUUUUGUUUCAGAUAGUAUAUCUUUUUUAAAUCUGUGUUCAUAUUUUUCCUGAAGAAACCGCUGUAUAAAAACCAAAUUUUAAUUUUGAAUGGGAUCAUUUCAAGGAAUUAUGCAGAUGACUAGAAGUUCUAAUUUUUAUAAUCACCUAUAAAAUUCUCUUUAUGUUUGUUCAUAAUUAAAUUUUAUAUUAAGUUAAAUAUUUGAAUUGAUUUGAGAAGCAGUAAGAUGAAAGGUACAUGUGAUUCUAAACCUUAUUUAGACAUUGGUACCAGUUACCCAGGGGAAAAUGUGGCGUAACUUUAUUUUAUAUGCUGAGGUUUAGGAAUAGUGGAUGAAGGGGGAUCCCUAUAUAAAUAAAGUGCUCAACAAUGUGCAAUGAUUGUAAAUUUAGUAAGAUAUUUCAGCCAUUUCAUGAAUGCUUGACUGUUCUACAUAGCAUCAAUCACAAAACACCUUUCUUGUAUCCAUAUACUUCAGGUGUUGCUGUUAACAUUUACCAUGAUAUUUAUUUUAACCAAGAUGUUAUUCACAUUAAAUGUUUAUUCUUUAAAGUGAAUGUAUUAUGUUAUAACCCACAAAUGCAUAAUUACCCUAUGCCUCAUAUUUCAAUAGUACUGUAAUAUGGACUUCUUUUGUGAAAUACUUUUAUUUUGUUAUGCUUUAAAUACACAUACAAAAAAGAUUCUGUUGUUAGCUUUGAAAAUUGUACAAUAUCCUAAAAUAAAAGUAUAAAAAUAGAAAAUGAG